UGGAUUUUUUUUGUCCGCUCAUCAUCGUUGUUAAUAUCUUGAAAUAAAUUAUGAGAAUCAACUAUUGACAUCAAUCAUAUUGUGAAAACAAUUUUUUUUUUCUUUUUGAGUAUUCAAAUAAAAUAAAUAACAUUGUGACCGAAACAAAUCAAAAAAAAAUGGAUGAUUAUGAACGUAUUUUAUUAGUAAAACCGGAUGUUCAUGUGUAUAAAAUUCCACCACGUGUAUCGAAUCGUGCCUAUCGUGCAUCCGAUUGGAAUCUAGAUGCACCUGAUUGGAAUUGUCGUUUACGAUUGAUUGCCAAAGGUGAUGAAUGUUUUAUUAAAUUGGAUGAAAAAUCUACUGGGCAAUUUUUUGGCAAAUGUCCAGUAGAUAAAUAUCCCGGUAUGUCUAUUGAACCAGUAUCGGAUUCAUCACGUUAUUUUGUAUUACGUUUGGUCAAUGAACAAACUAAUCGUACGGCAUUUGUCGGUAUCGGUUUCAUUGAUCGUAGUGAUAGUUUUGAUUUAAAUGUUGCACUUCAGGAUCAUUUCAAAAUCGUUCAAAUGGAACAUAAAAAUGAUGAAAUUGAAGAUAAUGGACCACAAUUGGAUCUAAAAUUUAAAGAAGGUGAAACAAUUAAAGUUAAUCUUAAUAUUGGUAAUAAAAUUGGUUCGGCUAAACCACGACCAAAAUCAUCGAAUAAAGCUGGUGAUGCCGGUGGAUUCGGUAUAUUAUUACCACCACCACCUGGUUCCAAAACGAUCUCUUCCAACAAUCCUUCAUCAAAUGAAACAAAAACAACUAUUGAUAAUUUGGAAUCAUUAUCCGAAUCGAAUCUAUUAGAUGAUAUUGAUUCAUUACAUAUUUCUAAUUCGGGUAAUAAUGUUGGUGAUAAAAAUGAAAAUUUAUCUUGUACAAUGGUGCUCAAUAAUAAACAAUCUGUUGAUGAAAUGGAUCAAAUGUUUAAAUUUGUGCCUAAAGAUUCGGAUGGUGUUGAUCUUUUUGCCGAUAAUAAUUCAACAAAAACAGCAACCACAUCAUCAAAAUUAUCGACAAAUGAUUUAUGGUCAAAUUUUACAUCGUGCAAUACUUCUAAUACAACUACUAAUAAUCCUAUUACUAGCCAAUCGAAAACAAUAACCGAAACAUUUAUGUCAUCGACAAAUGAUGAUAAUGAUUCAAUAACAGCUAAUCAAUUUGAUGAUUGGGCUAAAUUUUAAUCAAAUUAUUGUAACGAUAUUCCUCCCUUGAUAACGGGAGAAACAGAAACCUAAAAAGAAUUUGUUGAAAGAAAUCAUUUUUUGUUUCUCAAAAUAUCAAUAUUAUUAAUUUUCAAUUUAAUUAACUAAUUUCACAUUAUUUUAUUUUCAUCACUCCGAGUGUGUUUUUCUCCAAUUCAUCAUAGAGAAUUGAUUAUCUUAAUUUUUAAUUUUUCUCCCACCCCUUCCAAUCGAUAACUUAUUUUCAAAA